GAGUAGUUCAAAAAAAAAAAAAAACCAAUGACAAAUCAAAGUAUAGAAAUAGAAGAGCCUCCUACACUGCAAAUUCAACUUGACAUUAGCAUUAUUAUUAGACCUCUCACUAUGUUCUUUCUAAAGACAUGGAGAUCAACGGUUUUUGGUGUAUAUGGAUACCUGAAUUUCACCAAAUCUGGUUUCAUUGAACAUUCAAAGAAGUUCAAACCAGAAGAUAUGCUGACAAGACUAAAUGAGAAGAAUUGUAUAGUUACUGGAGCAAAUUCUGGCCUUGGUUUUGCAACAGCUGAGGGUCUUGCUUCACGUGGUGCAACUGUCUAUAUGGUCUGUCGUAAUAAGGAGAGAGGAGAAGCUGCGCUUUCUAAAAUUCAGUCUACGACAGGCAACCAAAAUGUUCAUUUGGAGGUCUGUGAUCUUUCAUCUGUUAGUGAGAUCAAGUCAUUUGCAUCAAGAUUUUCUUCAAAGGAUGUGCCAAUUCAUAUAUUGGUAAACAAUGCUGGCUUGCUUGAGCAUAAACGAGUUACAACAUCAGAGGGGUUCGAGUUGAAUUUCUCUGUGAAUGUGUUAGGCACCUAUUCCAUAACAGAACUGAUGCUGCCACUAGUGGAGAAGGCUGCACCUGAUGCUCGUGUUAUCACAGUGUCCUCUGGUGGAAUGUACACAGCUCCUUUGACUACAGAUCUACAGUAUAGUGACAGCAACUUUAAUGGGGUGGAUCAGUAUGCUCGAAAUAAGCGAGUUCAGGUAGCACUGACAGAAAAAUGGGCUGAAAUGUACAAGAAUAAAGGGAUUGGAUUCUAUUCAAUGCACCCAGGCUGGGCUGAGACACCUGGGGUUGCUAAGAGUUUGCCUGGUCUUUCUGAAAGGCUUUCUGGAAAUCUUCGAACAAGUGAGGAAGGUGCAGACACAAUUAUUUGGUUGGCUCUACAACCAAAAGAGAAAUUGGUAUCAGGUGCAUUUUAUUUUGAUAGAGCUGAAGCGCCUAAACACCUUAUGUUUUCAGCUACUGGUGGUUCUCAUGUGGUAAUUGAUUCUGUUGUUGAUGGUCUCCGUUCCUUGUCUGCUCUCUCUUCUUAAAAUUGAAGAUUUGAUUUUGGAGAUAUUAAAUGUUAAGCUUCAGACUUGAGCUCCCCUUAUCCCUUUGCUUCUAUGUAAAGAUAGUUUUGUUGCUCUAGAUCAUGCUUGGGGUCGAUGAUCUCCUAAACACAAACACUUUUAUUAUCAGAGAAGGGAUUAGAGUUUGGCAGGUAAACACUCAAGUCAAUAUCUUAUAAUUAGAGAUUCUAAAGAAGAGAAAAGGAGGGAGUGGUGGUGAAGUUGUAGUCAUCUGAUUUUAUGAUUGGGUUCCUUCUGUUAAAACUUAAAAGUGGUGCUCCUUUGUUGGUCAAUACUCAAUAGAUUGAAGUAUUCUCUCUCCA